AUGACGGCAGCCACAAGCGAGAGACAAUAUCGGUUCCCUUCCCCUUUCCUUCCCGCCCGGACGAACCCCUCCGCUCUAGGUAUCCUCCUUCCUGUGGCAGGUAUGGUGCGCGGAGUACGUAUCUGCUCCUGCUGCCCAAUUGUUACUGUCACUGGCGUCGGCUCCUGCCUGCGCCAACCCGCCGCUUUGGUUCGCUUGGGGUUAGCCAAGUCUCAGGCGGCAGCGCCCAUCGCGUCACAAGGACGUUCUGUUGGAGCUAAAUCUGAAGCUCCCAUUUAUUCACCUUUGCCCAUCGCAUCCAGACUUCCAACCUCGUUCCCAAAUCAGACACUCCAACAAUACCAAAACCACAACACUAUCACAACCGUCAUCAUGGCCGUCUCCAACGCAAUCCAGGAUCUGUUUAGUAGCAUCUACGAGCUCCUCUCCUCCAUCUUCAACGCCUUUUAUCACGUUCUGCAGACCAUCUUCAACACCAUCAUCGGCUUCUUCACCGGUCUCGUCAACCUCAUUACCGACGUAUUCCAAGGCGCAAUCGAUGUCGUUGGCGGACUCGGAAAGUUUGUCUUGAGCAACUUCGUCAUCAUUGGCGUCAUCGCGGCCGGCGGCUAUGCCUACGUCCGGUACACCUCGCAAGGUCGACAGGUCGCUACCGGCAAGAAGACUGCCUAA